CAAAGCUUUAUUCAUCCUCAGUGACUAAAGAAAUCCUCACUGGCGCUUCACUUGAGUAUGCUGUCAUCUUGAGCCGAAAAUCGAGAAGGGACAGUCACAUAUUAUACACACUUGGGCUACCUGUGAGGACUUCAGGAUUGCAGUAAAAAAAAAAAAAAAAAAAAAAUCCAGAAUCUAAUUCCAAGAGAACUCAACUUUUGCUCUGAGCGAGAAAACCCGGUUGCUCUGGCCAGAAGGCAUAAGCACCCAGGGCGAGCAGUUGCAGGAAAGGCUUAGAAGUUUGAUCUCUCAGGGAGGGCCAAAACAUGAUCUGUAUGUAACCUUGUCCCCACACUCAACGGCCGCCCUAGACAGGUCUGCCGGGGGGUGCUGGUCUGUUCCACGAGAGGAAGGGAUUGUUUGCCUGCUCCGGUCCAGAGUAGGUGGGCGGCGGAUUCCAGGGCUGGUCUUUCAUUACAAGCUUGUGCUGAAGUAAUGUGGCCCCACGUCUCCACCCUCCUGAGGUCGUUUUGCACUCUCAGCCCAAAGACUUUGCACAGCCCAGAAGGAACGCGCCGCUACCCUCCGGUCACCAGGGGGCGCGUCUUCGCUAAGGCGCAUGCGCCAUCCUGGCUUCAGGAGGAGGCCUGCGCUCUUGCUGUGUCUUCCGCCUCAGUUGAGCUUCCGGCGCGAAGGUCACGGACAAGAUGGUUCCCCCAGUUCAGGUCUCUCCGCUUAUCAAGCUCUGCCGAUACUCAGCCCUGGUCCUCGGCAUGGCCUACGGCGCCAAGCGCUAUAGUUACCUAAAACCCCGGGCAGAGGAGGAGAGGAGGGUGGCAGCGGAGGAAAAGAAGAGACUAGAUGAGCUGAAACGGAUUGAGAGAGAACUGGCAGAAGCUCAAGAUGACAGCAUACUCAAGUGAAGCGCCAGUGAGCUUGCCUUUUCUUUAGUCGCUGAGGAUGAAUAAAGCUUUGUUGUGUGA